GCUUUUAUUUUAUUUAAUUCCCCAUCCAAUUCUUACUUCGCUGGUCCAAUGUAAUCGAAACCCCUAACUCUUUGGAAUCGACUCUUUAGAAUCGACUCCCUGCCUCCUUUCAAAGCCGCCAUCAAGGCAGACUCGACUCUUCAGAAUCGACUCCCUGCCUCCUUUUAAAGCCACCAUUAAGGCAGACUCGACUCUUCAGAAACGAUUCCCAGUAUUGUGAAGGUUGUGUUUGCUUCAGGAGUUCCUCAGUCAGGUGCAGGUCCAGGAAAAUGGCUCCCGCGAAGAACAGAGUGUUUGUUGUUGGGGUCGGGAUGACGAAGUUUGAUAAGCCAGGUGCAAGAGAUGGAGAUUAUCCAGAAAUGGCCAAAGAAGCAGGACAGAAAGCUUUGGCCGACGCAGGAGUGCCGUACUCCGCAGUCGAACAGGCCUGCGUGGGAUAUGUUUACGGCGACUCCACGUGCGGACAGCGGGCUAUAUACCACAGCCUGGGUCUGACGGGGAUCCCUAUAAUCAACGUCAAUAACAACUGUUCCACGGGCUCCACCGCGCUCUUCAUGGCCCGCCAGCUCGUCCAGGGAGGUUUGGCUGAUUGUGUGCUCGCUUUGGGUUUCGAGAAGAUGGAACGAGGCUCCUUGUCCUCGAAGUACAUGGACAGAACCAACCCUAUGGAUAAACACAUGGAGGUGAUGAUCAACCGAUACGGCAUAGCGGCAGCUCCGGCUGCUCCUCAGAUGUUCGGCAACGCUGGGAGAGAACACAUGGAGAAGUACGGAACCAAACCUGAACACUUUGCCAAAAUUGCCUGGAAGAAUCACAAGCACUCAAUUAACAAUCCAUAUUCUCAGUUUCAGGACCAGUACAGUCUGGAGCAGGUGAUUAAAUCACGCAAGGUUUUUGAGUUCCUCACACUUCUUCAGUGCUGCCCUACAUCUGAUGGAGCCGGAGCAGCAGUGCUAGCCAGUGAGGGAUUUGUGAGGAAACACGGUCUGGAGGCCAAAGCUGUGGAGAUCAUCGCUCAGGAGAUGGUCACUGAUCUCACUACAACAUUUGAGGAGAACAGCUGUAUCAAGAUGGUCGGCUACGACAUGACGCGCCUCGCUGCCAAAAAGUGCUUCCAGACAGCAGGCUUGAAACCGGCAGACGUCGAUGUCAUCGAGCUGCAUGACUGUUUCUCAGCCAACGAGCUCAUCACGUACGAAGCUCUCGGUCUCUGUCCUGAAGGUAAAGCCGGAGAUCUGAUUGACAGAGGAGACAACACGUAUGGGGGCAAGUGGGUAGUGAACCCGAGCGGAGGGCUUAUAUCAAAGGGACACCCGCUCGGAGCUACAGGUCUGGCCCAGUGUGCAGAGCUGUGCUGGCAGCUAAGAGGUGAGGCGGGGAAAAGGCAGGUCCCGAGGGCGAAGGUCGCCCUGCAGCACAACAUUGGCCUCGGUGGAGCCGUAGUGGUUACACUAUUCAGGAUGGGAUUCCCUCAGAAUGCAAGGUCGCAGAUUGCUGCGUUUCCCACCAGCGCUGCAGCCGGUCUAGAGGACUUCAAAUCUUAUGCGGUUUUCAAAGAAAUCGAAAAAAGACUGCAGGAGGAAGGAGAAGCGUACGUGAAGAAGAUCGGAGGCAUUUUUGCUUUUAAAGUGAAGGACGGCCCUGGUGGAAAAGAAGCUCUUUGGGUUGUUGAUGUGAAGAACGGGAAAGGCUCGGUGACCAGCGACGCAGAGAAAAAAUCUGACUGUACGAUCGCAAUGUCUGAUGCUGAUCUCCUCGACCUGAUGACUGGGAAACUCAAUCCACAGACCGCCUUUUUCCAAGGCAAGCUAAAGAUUACUGGGAACAUGGGAAUGGCGAUGAAGCUGCAGAGCCUCCAGCUGACACCAGGAAAAGCCAAACUGUGAAGAAUUCGGACUAAAUGUCUGGGUGGAAUCCUGUGGUUAUGGCUUUGGGUGUGCAAUACUGUACAAUCUUAAAUUUAGAGCAGUCACUUCAAAAUGACAAUGACAUCACCACCUCUUGCAACAGUAUAAGAUCAAGCCCUGUAUGUGAUCCAGCUGAAAUUCAGAAUGCUGUUCAGGUUGAGCUGGUGAAUUUGCUCAUAUUUUUUAAUAGAGUAUAACAACAACACUAACAGUUUGAAGCGGUAUGGAUGGUGGUCUCACAUUUCCUUAGUAUCUAGAAAAUACAUCACAUCUUGUGCCUCUACUACAAAGAAUAAACAUUCAUUUAAUCUCUGAAUUGUAACCUGAUAAGAUUUUCCUAGUGUGGAAAGAUAAAUCUGAUGUUGUGUAAUUGUACGUUGGGUCAAGAUGGACCACAGAUUGAUGGGGAAAUGGGUAGAAGACUAUGAUGUCUUCAGUUCACUGUUUUAAUGAUUUCUUGUAACAAAAUGUUUCUAUUUUCAUGCAAAAAUUAUGUGUAAUUAUUAAAAAUAUCAAAUACUGA